AAUACACACGACAACAUGAAAUAUUGAAUUGGGGGAAUAGUAAUAUAUAUAUGAGGAAAGGGAGUAGUGCUCUCUUUCUUUAUUCAUCUCCUUCUUCUCCUCUCACCUAAUCAUCAAACCCCUUUCUCCCUCUCUUUCUUUUCCAGCCCAAUGGGCCGUUCUCUCCUCUUUCUGCUCGCGGCCUUCUUCGCCGUCCUUGUCUCCGCCGUUCGAGACCCCAUCGGAGAAGUUAUCCGCCUUCCUUCCGAAGCUUCCAGAUUCUUCAAAGCGCCUUCCGACGACGACGACAACGUGGAGGAAGGAACUCGCUGGGCCAUUUUAAUCGCUGGUUCCAAUGGCUACUGGAAUUACAGACAUCAGGCUGAUGUUUGUCAUGCGUAUCAAUUACUGAGGAAAGGUGGUCUCAAAGAAGAAAACAUCAUUGUGUUUAUGUAUGAUGACAUUGCUUUCAAUGAAGAGAACCCACGGCCCGGAGUCAUCAUUAACAGUCCACAUGGAGAUGAUGUUUACAAAGGAGUCCCAAAGGAUUAUGUUGGUGGAGAUGUUACUGUAAACAACUUUUUUGCUGCUAUACUUGGAAAUAAGUCAGCUCUUACAGGUGGCAGUGGGAAGGUUGUAGAUAGUGGUCCCAAUGAUCAUAUAUUUAUAUACUAUAGUGAUCAUGGGGGUCCUGGGGUGCUUGGGAUGCCUACUAGUCCUUACUUAUAUGCAUCUGAUCUGAUCGAAGUCUUGAAGAAGAAGCAUGCUUCUGGAACAUAUAAAAGCAUGGUAUUUUAUCUUGAGGCAUGUGAAUCUGGAAGUAUCUUUGAAGGCCUUCUUCCAGAAGGUCUGAAUAUCUAUGCAACAACAGCCGCAAACGCAGAAGAAAGCAGUUGGGGAACAUAUUGCCCUGGGGAGAAUCCUAGUCCUCCACCAGAAUUUGGAACCUGUCUAGGUGACCUAUACAGUGUUGCUUGGAUGGAAGACAGUGCCAUACACAAUUUACGUACAGAAACUUUGCACCAACAAUACCAAUUGGUUAAAGAAAGGACUUCCAACGGAAAUUCAAUGUAUGGCUCUCAUGUGAUGCAAUAUGGUGAUAUAGGGAUUAGCAGUAAUAAUCUCUUCCUAUAUUUGGGCACAAAUCCAGCUAAUGAAAAUUUUACGGUUAUGGAUAACAACUCCUUGAAGCUACCGUCAAAGACAGCAGUAAACCAACGUGAUGCAGAUCUUGUCCAUUUCUGGGAUAAGUACCUCAAAGCUCCUGAGGGUUCUCCAAGGAAAGCUGCAGCAGAGAAACAAGUUAUGGAAGCAAUGUCUCACAGAAUGCAUAUAGAUAGCAGCGUCAAACUUAUUGGAAAGCUCUUAUUCGGCAUUGAAAAAGGUCAAGAAAUACUUAGCAGUGUUAGACCUUCUGGGGAGCCACUUGUUGAUGACUGGGACUGCCUGAAAUCACUGGUUACGACUUUUGAGACGCAUUGCGGAUCGUUGUCUCAGUAUGGAAUGAAACACAUGAGAUCCUUUGCAAACUUCUGCAAUGCAGGCAUAAGGAGGGAGCAAUUGGCUGAUGCCUCAGCACAUGCAUGCACAAGUGUUCCAUCCAAUCCAUGGAGUUCACUACACAGGGGUUUCAGUGCAUAGUUCCGAGAAUUUGCUCCAUUAAAGACCACUGUUACAAUUAAAAUGAAUAUACAAUAUAUACAUUGGUGAUGAUUUCUCAUAUGCUAGUUUUGUAAAUAUACAAAUGGGAGGAUGGGAAGCGGGGAACCUCCUUUGAUUGUGUGUCCGUUGUAAUUAAGGCAUUUUAUUGAAGGAGGAAUAGUGGACCAUGAAGUUCCAUUGGACCCUCCAGUAUAAUGUCAUGCAUCGAUGCCAAGUUCCAAGAUCAUACAGUAACUGUUAUUUGGUAAAAUUUUAGUAGAAUCUCCAUGGUAUGGUAAAUAUAUUAUAUUUGGUCUAAAUAUUUUACUUUUGAA